AUGUGUUUUCCUCCAUUCUCAAGCAUAAAACUGCUAAGCGGGUGGUUUUUACGUCAUCUGCAGCGGCACAUAGUGCACAUCGAUGAUGUUGCACUUGCUCAUGUUGUUGCCCUCGAGAAGAAUGCAGCAAAAGGGAGGUACAUACUAUGCAAUGGGGACACCUUGAGCAUGCUGGAAAUUGCAGAUGUGAUUCGGAAGAAGUAG